AUGUAUCACCUGAAGAGUUUGGCCCGCCAGGGCGCUAUGCGCCAGCAGGAGUUGACCACCCUGGUCAAGGCCCUGCCCACGGCAGCGCUGCAGGCACGUGGCUAUGCCACCGAGCACCAGAUUCCCGAUCGCCUCAAGGAUGUGCCCACUGCCAAGGAUCCGCGGUUCUUCGACAUGGUCGAUCUGCCUCUGUUAAUUGGUUUAUUAAAUUGUGCAUGCUCCAUUGCCUUUGCAGUAACGGCGGCCAUUAGCGAACCGCUGCCAGGAUGGAUUGAGGGCGUUACCGGACCCACUGGCCUGAUGAUUGGUGCCGCCCGAGGUGUGAUACGAUCGAUGCACUGCAAUCCGCUGUACUCCUCCACAGUGAUACCUGUAGACAAGGCCAUCAACGGGUUGAUCUUGUGUGGCUAUCAGCGCGCCAAGGCUAGCAGCCAGGAGAAGGCGCCCAGCAAACGAAACGAGGUGCACUUCUGCAACCUAUGCAUCUCCAAAAAGGCCCUGACAUCGUGGGGCGACAGCAUUGAGACGGGUCGUCGCUUCUUCUACGAGACUCCGCUAAGCUUCUCCCUGUGGUACCCCGGAGGAUCCAUCAAGAAGAACUAUUACCAUCACCUGUUCUGCGUGAUAUUCUUUCACUAUCUUCCUGCCUAUUUUAUUGACUUUUUGAUGCUGAUCUCUGGCCAGAAGCCCUUCUUGGUGAAUGUGCAGCGCAAGGUGUCGAUGGGUCUGAAGCUACUGCAGUACUACACAACGAAAGACUGGGAAUUUCAGAACGAGAAAUUUCAGGAGAUGAGCAGCCAGCUGAAUGCUAUAGACGAGGAAAUGUUCGACACCUCUGUGGGCCAGCUCAAUUGGGAGACCUACAUCAGCACCUACAUCAUGGGCAUGCGCACCUACAUUCUAAGAGAGAGCCCGUCCACUCUCCCGUAUGCCCGCAAAGUGUUACGGCGCCUCUACAUCCUGGACUGUGUCAGCAAGGUGCUGUUCUUCACCCUCACAUUCUGGUUCUUAUGGACACAUAUGGACGGUUUCGUGGAGAGUGGUGACGCCUUCAUACGGUCAUCACUUAGCAGUAUCUACCAUGAGCGAAACAACACAAUACACGCAUAAGCUUCUUUCUAAUAAUGUAAAUCAAAUAUAGACCCCAAGAUUUUCUUUAUUUUAAGUGUA